AUGCCCAUCCUUCAGACCACCUUGGCCCAUUCUACUGAGAUCUGCAAUGCAUCCUUUGAGGAGAGCAGGAUGGUGCUGGUGGUGGUGUACAGUACAGUGUGCAUGCUGGGCCUGCCAGCCAACUGCCUGACUGCCUGGCUGACCCUGCUGCAGGUGCGGCAGGGCAACGUCCUGGCUGUCUACCUGUUCUGCCUUUCCCUCUGCGACUUGCUGUACAUUAGCACGCUGCCGCUGUGGGUUGUCUACAUCCAGAACAAGCACCAGUGGACGCUAGGCCCAAAUGCCUGCAAAGCAACCGCCUACAUCUUCUUCUGCAACAUCUCCAUCAGCAUCCUCUUCCUCUGCUGCAUUUCCUGCGACCGCUUUAUGGCAGUGGUCUAUGCAUUGGAGAGCCGAGGCCGCCGCCAUCAGAGGACUGCCAUCUUCAUUUCUGGGUGCAUAUUUGUCCUUGUUGGGCUUGUUUACUACCCAGUGUUUGACAUGAAGGUGGUGGACACCUGCUUCGAGCCCCUAUGGAUGAAUGACACGAUCGCUGGCUACCACUACCUGCGGUUUGCUCUUGGCUUUGCCAUUCCUCUCUGCACCAUCGCGUUCACCAACCACCGAAUAUUUCGAAGCAUAGAGCUGAGCACAGGACUGACCACUGCCCAGAAAGCCAAGGUGAAGCACUCGGCCAUUGCCAUUGUUGUCAUCUUCCUGGUCUGCUUUGCACCCUACCAUGUCAUACUCCUCAUCAAAGCGGCUACCUUCUCCCUCUACCGAGGUGAUAAGGAUGCUGUAUGUGCCUUUGUAAGCAGACUAUACACGGUCUCCGUGAUGUUUCUGUGCCUGUCCACAGUCAACAGCAUCGCCGACCCCAUCAUCUAUGUGCUGACCACAGACCAUUCUAGACAAAAAGUGUCCAGAAUCCACACGGAGUGGAAAAAGUGGUCCACAAAGACAGAUGUCACACUUUCAAAGAACUCUGAGGAGAUGCGUUCACCCUGGGGACUUAAUGACAGCUACACAGUCCCCAAACCUGUGUGCCCUCCGGGGUCACAGCCUGCCAGGUGGGGUUCAAAGUGCACUUCAGAAAGGUUGACUGAGGAGUCCUGCUGA